CCCAUUUUCUUCUUUCUCGGCAGCGAUGUCGAGCAACAAGAUGAGCGUGAAGCCAACAGAUGCCCUCCUUCACUCUUCGCCUCACCCAACAAAGGCAUCCAAGCCAACCGUCGGAAGUCACUGCUAAGCCAAGUUUUGACCAGAAAUUAACGUGUUUUUAUAAUAAAACAUUGAUUACUCGGAUUUAGCAGCUAGGAGAAUCACUCGACGAGAGAGAAUUUCCAAUGGAUGAGCUGCGAAUAUCUGCUGAGGACUUUGAGCGCUUGAUUGCAGAGGUGACGCCAUGGCUUGCAGAGUGCGUGCGCCGCAGUGACACUGGCCCGACGAGCUUCAUGGACUCUCUGGAUGGCGAGGUGCAGGAACGCGACCGCGGCAGGACAUUAGCAAGCAAGCUGCGCGAGGAACACGCACCGGAGACCGGGCAGCGGCUGGACUCCCUUAUGGACACGCUGUGCAACGUGGCGGCGAGAACUGGUCGCAACGGCGGCAGCGCCGCCUUCUGUGCGUACGUGCCGACGGGCGGACUACUGCAGACGGCCGUGGCCGACCUGAUCGCCGCCGCGCUGAACCGCUCCACGCCGCUGUUCAUCUCUAACCCGGGCCUGGUGCAGCUGGAGUUCAACGCGCUGUCCUGGAUGGCGCAGCUUGUGGGCUACGAUCCGGACGUGGCGUUCGGCUCGUUCUCCUCCGGCGGCUCAAUGGCCAACUUCAUUGGCGUUCUCGUGGCACGGCGCAAGCACCUGCCGGAGGAGAAUAUAGCCACGGGCGCUGUCAUGGCGACGAGUCAAACGCACAGCUGCAUCGGCAAGGGCCUGAUCAUGGCCGGCUUACCUCGGUCAUCACUCUGUCUCGUCGAGUGUGAUGAAAAGCUCAGGAUGUGUCCGGCAGCGUUGGAAAAGUGUAUCGUGGCGCAGAGAAAUGGCGGGCGUGUGCCGUUCCUGGUUGUGGCCAGUGCGGGCACGACGAGUACAGGAGCUGUCGAUGAUCUGCGAGCGCUGGCCAGCGUGUGCAAGCGUCAUGGCGUGUGGCUUCAUGUCGACGGUGUGUACGGUGCAGCGUUUAACCUGACGCAACGCGGUCGUGAGCAACUGGAUGGCCUGGAAGAGGCCGACUCCAUUGCCAUAGACCUUCACAAGUCGUUCUUUCUGCCGCAGGCCACAGGACUGCUGAUGGUCAAAGAGAGAGUCUACCUGAAGCAGGCAUUCGCGCUCGAUCAUCAGCCGGCCUUCCUACCGGACGUAGACCAGGACGACCGGAACUUCCUGGACCACUCGCCGGACCUGACGCGUCCGUGCUACGGCCUGCGUCUCUGGUUUCCGCUACAGCUGUGCGGCCUGGGCAGGUGGCGCGCGGCACUCGACGACCGGCUGGACUGGACGGGCGAGUUUGCGGACGGUCUGCGGGCCAUGGCCAGGAUUGGCAUCGAGCUGACGACCGAGCCCAGCCUUACAAUUUUAACGUUUCGCUACGCACCCACACAUGAGGACGAUAGCUCAUCAGUCAUGGCUGGCAAUGUCAGUGCAGGUCAAGUUUCAUCGGGCGUGUGCCGUUCGCAGCGGCUCCGCGACGCGAAUCAGAAACUCCUCCGCUUCAUCAACGGCCGUGAUCACAUUUUCUUGUCGAGCACGAUCCUGCCCGGUGGUGAGGUGUUUGUCCUUCGCGCGUGCAUUCUUCACGUCCGUCUCACGCGACAGCGGCUACUCGACGGACUGCAGGACAUUCGCGAUGGCGUUGCUGAGAUACGUGCUUCAGCAUCGGCUGCUGAGCUCACGGAGUCUACCCAGGUGAUUGAAUGAAUGAAUGAUUCAUUAUUUAUUGAUUGAUUGGUGGAUUGCACUGUGAUAUUCAAAUUCACCCAAACUCCCAAAUGAACAGUAAUGCUCGGUGUUGUAGCAAACGGCAACAGGAUGUACCCCAUCCGGUCCAGUAUGGUUCUACGAACAUCACCGGAGUUCAGCAAAAUAAAUUGUAAGUGAGAGUGCUAUCUGUUUUAGAGCAUGGAUUGGAUUAUCCCAUGCGUCUGAAGCUUGCACUGUUGUUUCUCCCCUCCUUGCCUCGCUUUCCCUUGUGUCCAGAUCACCUGUUUUGGACCACCAGUUGCCUGAUGACGAAGCCGAUAACGCGAAACUAAGAGUUGCAACAUAGCUUCUUUUUUUCUCUGCAGUACUGUAUUUUAGAUCCUAACUAUGCCUAUGCGGGGAAGUGAGGUUGUUUGUUAUAUUUUCCUUGUUGACCGAGUCUUCACUCUUCUUCAUGCAACUGGAGAAAUUAAUGUGUCGAUACUGCUUCUCGAUUUUCUCCUUUCCUUUUUCAAAUUAUUUAUGCAUCUCUGCCCGCGGGACCGGGCAAGAAGCUCUUGCUUAUGUUCAGACAUUUGAAUGAACGAAUAGAAGAAUUUAGAAGUUGC